AUGGUGCGGUCCUAUUCGCAUCAACUUCCCAAGCGGCAGCAGCCAGCGGAGCAUCACCGACCACAAUCUGUGGAAGCGCGUCUGCGCAGCACGUCGCCCCAUUCUGAGUGGCAGAGCAAGAUCUUGGAGGACCUAGCGAAGAAUUCCAAGCGAGGCGGUGGGCUGCCGACACCUCGCUAUAGGCGAGAGGCUGAGCCCUUCCUGAGCCAUAGCUUCGAAGCUUGCAGCACCGACUGCAGCGACGUGAAACUGCCGGAGGAAGAGACACCAGCAGCUGGGCCUGCUGAGCCAAUCAAGCUCAACCGGUCUCAAAGCUCUUUGGGCCAGUGGCUGCCAGAUGUCAACGAGGUGAUCUCGCGGCUGAGGGCUGGCGCUGACGGCUUCUCCAGCACGGAGAUGGAGAGGAUCAACUCGGCCUUCUCGCGCUUCAAGGACCCUGACACGCCGGAGAUCCACAAGGAUGAGAUGCCAAAGGUCCUCAUGCACCUAGGCUACACGCAGAUCAGCGACGAGCGUUGCAAGUCGUUGGCCGAUAGCAUCAGUCAAUAUCCCAUGCUGGAGAAGAACGAGUUUAUCAUCUUCAUGGAAAAGCAUGUGGAGUAUGAGUUGCAGGCCUUCAAGGAGAUCUUUGAGAGAUUCGAUGUUGAUGGCAACGGCUCCUUGGACGCCGAUGAGCUACACUUCUUCCUCUCCUCCUUGGGCUUCACACCACUGCGGAGUAUCAUCCGAGAGUCCCUGGAUUUGGUGGACCUGGAUGGCAACGGCACUCUGGACUUUGAGGAGACCGUCAUCCUCAUGCAUGUUUACAGGCAUUCGGAGGGAUUCACGCUGGACGAGCUGCAGGAGCUGACGGCAGUGUUCGUGGAACAGCAACAAGCUGGCGGGGUAGCUGGAGACGAGAGGACGCUUCCGGCAGAUAGACUUUCACACCUGCUGCUACAGUUUUUCGGGCCGCGAGCACAGGAUUUCUCCGCGGAGCUUCAGCUUGAGCUUAGCCGUGCUGGCCGAAGAAAGAGCGCUGGUGGCCCGGAAACUGCCAAAGGUCCCCCGCCGGCGCUGACGUUCCAGGAGGCGGUGCUUUGGGCACGACGCUUUCGGGAGCGCAUGUUCGUCAACUAUCGAGAGGUCUUUGAAAAGUAUGAUGAUGACGGCUCCAACUCCAUUGAUGCGAACGAAAUCAAGAAUGUCAUAAAGGAUCUCGGCUUCACCAUUCCACAAAGAACGGUCGAUGAGCUGAUGUACGAGGCGCGGGUACGCGGAGACAUACUGCACACCGCUGAAGUUGGCCUGGACUAUGACAGUUUCGUGCACUUCAUGCAGAUUCUCAACGAGACCGAUGGCUUCAAUCAAGAGGAGAUCGCCCGCAUCACGUCAACGUUCAAAAGAUAUGACAAGGAUGGCAGCGGAGACAUCAACACUAUCGAGCUUAGUGACAUGAUGCGAGAGCUGGGGCAAGCCCCCAGAAUAGAGGAGGUGCGGAGCUUGCUCGCCAGUGUGGACAUCAACGGCAAUGGUGUGCUGGACAUUCGAGAAUUCAUCCGCUUCAUGCGGCUAUUCCGCGAAAGGCAACUGGCACGAGUGAAGCUGAUUUUCAUGAACAGCGCCGACAACUCCGUGCACCCAGCAGUCAUUCGUGCUACAGAGGUGGAGAAGGCCGCCACCAUGCUUCUGAACGAAGAGUGCGUGGAGGUCGAGCACCUGGCAGGCGAAGCCAAGGAUUUGGACUUCGAUGACUUCGCCUCCCGACAGAAUGCGCACUUGGAUCAGUUCCGUGAGAAGACUGUCCACGCUGCCCGGAAGUUUGCGGGGUACUCCGAGAGCGAGGUGGCGGAGAUCCGACAGGUCUUCGACACCUUUGAUGUAAAGCACGUGGGAAACUUGCGGCCCAACGAGGCCAGCGAGCUGCUGAAGACUCUGGGCAUCGAGGUGCGCAGCGUGGAGGAGCGAAUGGCCAUGGCUGACCAGAUCAAACGCGCGUGCGAAUCGGCCAAAGAAGCCGGUGCCGAGGGCGUGGUGGACAACCAGGUGAACUUUUGGGUGUUCCUUCAGCUCUUUCGUGCAAUGAAGCGGAAGCAGGAUGAGGAGAGGGAGCGGAGGCUGAUGCAUGUCUGCGAGGAGGUGAAGUUCAACUCUCAGGAGGUGAGCCAGUUUCAGGAGGUAUUCGACCAUUGCUGGUCUUCUCUGCGAGGUGUAAGUCUCACGGACACGAAGAUGCUGCCGCGGAAUGCCGUAUACAAGCUUCUGCGCAGCAUGGGCAUUCGACUCGAAGGACGAGAUAGGCAAGCGCUGGAUGACGAGAUCACCUCGCUAGGUGGGAAAGACGGGUUGGAUUUCCCGAACUUCUUGAUGCUGAUGCGAUGGAUGGUGGACGUGGACUUCGGACAAAUAUCUUCCAAGAGCCAAAGCUGA